AUGGCGCCCGAGGCCCCUGCGGACACCGCAGGUCCAUCCUCCCCACCACCACAACUUCCAGAAGGCUGGCUCCCUCAAUGGGAAGGUGUCGGACGUAAAUGGUAUUACGUACAGCGGACGACCGGAAAGUCGCAAUGGGAGAUUCCGACCGAACCGAUCGUCCUGACCCCGUCAACAACACCGAUACCAAGCGGGGCAGGGCCAUCGCAGGAGCCAAAAUCGCAUCCGACAAGCACCAGCACUCGAGAGUUGCAGUCCGUGGAGACAAUGGCAGGGGGGACGUACUCUGCGGCGGACAGUGCGAGAAUUUCCAACUCCCUUGACUCCCAGAUAUAUGGGCAGUCAGACAAUCCAACUUAUGGGUCUUCCGGGGUACCGGGUUGGUAUUCGAAUCAAACGGGUCAACACUUGCCCGGCGGAUAUGAGCAGCAGAUGGCUGCAAACGCAGCCGGAUAUGGCCCGAAUACGUUGCAGCAGGGCGCUGUUGGGCAGACGAAUGGUGUUCAGCCGGUAUUUUAUGCGAGCCAGACACAUCCAGGUUAUCAAAUCACUGGUCCAAACCACAUGGGCCCAAGUAUCUCCUCGUCAACGUGGGGUAAUAACCCAGGUACUUAUCAGGGACACCCAAGCAGCUAUAACAUGGCACAACAUGCACAAUCCUUCCAAGGAUUUUCUGCUGAUCCUGCUGGAUUGCAUAGCCACCAGCCACCAGCAUCGUGGACAAUAACAAGCAAUCCACAGGGGCAAAUGGCAAGGUCAAUGGAUGGAGCUUCCAAUUCCCAGCCACAGUGGCAAUUGGAAUCGCAACAAGGCCAUUUGAAUGCCUCUGGUGAGGGUGCCUCGAUGAACUUACACCCAUCAACCAUGUCUGAGCCGUUCUUUGGGUCUUACUCAUCCAACCAGCAUGCGGAACCGUCUUCGGGAGAAUCCGCUCGCCGUGUCUCGAAUCCUUCUCUUGUCCGGGAAGGGCAGCCCUACCAAACUUCCGCCGAGAGCUUCUCCCACCAUUCACCGCACUCCAUGAUUGACCAAGGUAGAUUCGGACAAGGUCAGCCGGACCCACGUUCUCAUUCGCAACAUACUCCCACGGACCCUGCUUUGCAGGGAUUCUCACCGCUGCAACAUGUACAGAGUCAAUAUCAACAGCAGCACAUGAUACGAAAACAGUCAGUAUCACACCAAGCCAACCUUGCUCAAGGCCAUCAACAAUACCACAACCCAAUGGCGCAAGUCAAUGUCAACCAGUAUGUUUCGCAACAUCAAUUUGGUCCUAGCGGUGGGCCGACGGGUUUCUCUGAAACAGCACACGUUCACCAAGUUCCUUACCACCAGUCGGGUCAUUAUCCCGAGCAUCUCGAACAUUCACAAGGGGAGACACGAAGAGGUUCAGAGUCACACUUUGUUAGUGGGCCGUGGACCUCGACACCGCCUUCUGCUGGACAGUUGUAG